ACCACCUUGGAACUGUGACCUCAGGGCCUAAGCACUGUCUUCCACCACAGCAUUAAGUAGGCCAUCUGUAGAACCUGUGUUACACCUGCUCGUGUGCAGUCCCUCUGUGCAAUCUUCGCUCAACACUUGCAUAACAACAGGUAGAACAAGAGCGGGGUAUCAGCAGCAGUACGUAAACAAUGCAGCGGCCCCGCCUGUUGUCCCCUGCGGCGGCAGCUUCCAGAAAGGGGCUUUGUUUAGCUUUUCUUGCCCUGUGAUUGGUGGAGCUCGGCGCAGAGGCAUCGCGGUCUGCUUUAGAUGCAUGCUACUAAACAAGUAGCUAAACACGCGAGCGCACGGCUCUGAUUAGUAGUCCCGGGACUUCUGUAGGACCUGUCCUCCCCAACUCGCCAGCUGGAUACAACAAUAGACUUCUAUCUGGUGUGGAACAGUGCUAGCUGCAACAAGCAGAGCAAAAUGAUGACCACCGUUCUACCGCUCUCGCCGCCCCCGGAGAACACCAAGCCGGGUACCGCCGUCCCGACCAGCGCUCCGGUCCUCAUGGACAUUCGCGUGAACUCCCCGAACAUCCCGAAGUGUGCGGGGUGCGAACAAGUGAUCCUGGACCGUUUCAUCCUGAAAGUCCUGGACAGGUCGUGGCACGCCAAGUGUCUGCAGUGCUCGGACUGCCAGGCCCAGCUCACCGACAAGUGUUUCUCUCGGGACGGACACGUGUACUGCAAGGACGACUUCUUCAGGCGAUUUGGGACGAAAUGUGCGGGUUGUGGGCAGGGGAUCCCCCCCACCCAGGUGGUCAGGCGCGCACAGGACAAGAUCUAUCACCUGCAGUGUUUCGCCUGUAUCAUGUGCAAGAGGCAGCUGGCCACCGGGGACGAGUUCUAUCUGAUGGAAGACGCCAAACUGGUCUGCAAAAGUGACUACGAAGCAGCGAAACAGAGAGAAAUGGAACUGGAGGGAACACAGAAGAGACCCCGCACAACUAUCACCGCCAAGCAGCUCGAGACCCUGAAACAAGCCUACCAAAACAGCCCCAAACCCGCCCGCCACGUCAGGGAGCAACUGUCGCAGGAGACGGGACUGGACAUGAGGGUAGUGCAGGUGUGGUUCCAGAACAGAAGAGCGAAAGAGAAGAGACUGAAGAAGGACGCCGGUCGGGCCCGGUGGGGGCAGUACUUCCGCGGAAACAACAACAACAACAAUAUCAAACGGAAAGGCUCUCCGGCUAGAAGCGAACAAAAUGGCGCUGUGGACGAUCUAGACUCCGAUCUCUCUAAGGAUAUAGUUUAUUCAGAUGGACAGAUGGUAGCGAUGAGCCCAGGAAGUGACAUCUACCCGGGCGGGACUUUGGAAGGCGACCCCGCGCUCGGCCCCAUGCCUACCAACCCGGGCUACCCGGUAGACAGUAGUCCGUACCCCACACUACAAGGCGGGAACACCUACAACAUGUCGCACUCUCCACCCGUCCCUCUCGGCGGCCCACCAGGCAUCCACCCCGGCAUGCCGUACGGAGAUGGCGGGCUGGGCAGUCAGAGUUUCGGCCAAGCCAUGAGGGUGAUGGUGGGGGGACCCGGCUCGGACCUGUCCAGCGGCAGCAGUCAAGGCGGUUACCCAGACUUCCCUGCCAGUCCCUCCUCGUGGCUUGAUGACGUAGACAGCCACUACUGAAACACUGCCAUAAAAACAGACAUUGUUGCAGAGAAAUACAACAGGAAAUGAUCAACUGACUGGUCUUGUGCAGAACAAACAUGUUGGGGAAAAGAGUCCAUUCCGCCACAAGGGAACAAUGUAGACAAUGUCCAACCGACAGAAAAGUGGUUUGCUGACAAAUUCAACACAUUUCAUUGUUUUAUACGGUAUUCCUAUAUCUAAAAAAAAGAGGAUAUUCUUUCAAAACUUCACUCUCUCGAAGAGAAAAUUUGUCACUCCUCUCACAUUUACCUUGCUGCAUACUCCUAAUUCCGACAUACAUUAUAUUAGGACACCAGCAAACGGUUUACAUAUAUGGAACAAUUGAACUGAUUUGUAAAGGGGGUUGGUUGAUCAUAUAUAACAUUUUCUGUUGAAAUAUGGCGUUGUCAAUUUCAAACUCAACAUACAAAUGCAUAUUAUGUAUAUGUUGGUCAAAGAUUCUCAAUAGCGGAGACAAAAGUCAGCAUUCUUUAGUAAUGUUGUGAAAGACACCCUCCUAUUCUAGAUUCUAACAAAACGAUGUCUUCAAACCGCACCGCGGUAACGUAUCUUUGUAAAGUUCUAUUUUUAUGACAGAGCAAGGAAGACGGGUCUGUAUAAAUUACGUGCGCAUGCAUGCGCAGUGCUUCAUUUCUCGUAAACCCCCUGACCCGCCGUCAGUAUUUAUUAGGAGCGGAGCAGAGGUCGCGAAAAUUAAUUUUUCUCCGAAGUGGGCCAUUACGUCGGAGACGUAACCGCGGGAUUAAUCUCUGUCAGUGGGCGGCUGAUCGAUUGCAGCGCCCGGUGAGCUACAGACGGCGGCCCGGGUACUCAAGCAGCCAUGUUCUCUUCAUAUUCCAACACAGCGGAAAGUACCGUUACUCUCGCUGAGAAUGUACAUAUGUUUUCUCAUAAAUUAUUUCACAAAAGCCAUGAUGUUUUACUAGAACUGAAGCAACGCCAUUUCACAGGAAGUCCUUUUGACUUGAAGAAGUAGGAUAAAUUGCAACAAUGUGUAUGAGUAGAGAACAUGUGUUGGAAUAGAAUCUUACCUAGAAAGUUCUAAGUAGCUGUCGGCAUCCACUAAUAUAUCAUGUAUUGCUACUGCCAAUACUGAUCCAACAAUCCUUCAGUGUUGUCUGAAUUAGAAUCGUAGUGAGAGCCCCAAAUAUAUUUGUAUGUGAAGUGGAAAUGAAAUGAUUUAUCUAUUUAUUCCGUUGUUUGUUUUUGUUGUUGUUGUUGUCUGUCUGAGCGUAGCAUUGUAAAAUUUGUUAGAUCAACUUACAGACAGAUUAUGAGACGACUGUAGGGACCACACUGACCCACGAAAAAACAUUUCUUCUCAAUUUCAUGAGUAGCAUUUUUUCGCCAUUGCUGGAGUCUGUGACGUUGUUUCUGACAUGUACAUAUAUGAAUAAAGAAAUUUCUAUCGGA